CGACUACACACCGCAUAUUCAACGAUGGCGUCCAAACCGCUGAUUGAGCUCGAAGAUGGCUGGCAGAAGAUCAAGCUGAAGGCCGUGGACGUGCUGCUUGAGAUCCUGAACAAAGGAUUCGACAAGGUGACGACAUGUCCCUUCCCUCCAUCGCAGUACAUGCCGAUUUACACGGUGUGCUACGAUAUGUGCACCCAACGCACGCCGUACAACUGGUCGGCGCAACUGUACACCCGCCACGGCGAAACGUUUGAGGUGUACUUGCAACAGAACGUGCUUCCAGCGCUACAGAACCAGCAUGACGAGUUCUUGUUGAACGAACUGCACCAUCGAUGGCAAAACCACAAGCUCAUGAACAAGUGGAUGGCCAAGUUCUUCAUGUACUUGGACCGGUACUACGUCAAGCACAACUCGUUGCCGACGUUGGUGAAUUCAGGCUUGAACGCGUUCAAACUCGUGGCGUUCUCAGCGAUCAAGAAGGACGUGGUGGACGCGAUGUUGGAGCUGAUAGAAAAGGAGCGCGAAGGGGAAAUCGUCGACACGACGUUGUUGCGCAACUGCAUCGAAGUGUUUGAGACGAUGGGGAUGGGGUCGCUGGACGUGUACACGUCGGACUUUGAGGAGCCGUUCAUCAAGCGCAGCACGGCGUACUACGCGACCAAGUCGCAGGCGUGGCUUGAGGUGGACUCGACGCCCGCGUACAUGAGCAAGACCGAGGAGAGUCUCAAGAACGAGUCGAGCCGCGUGGCGCGGUACAUGCAUUCGACCACGGAGGCCAAGUUGCUUCGCGCGCUCGAGAUUGAGUUGCUGGAGAAGCACCAGAAGCAACUGCUCGAGCGCGAGAACUCGGGGUGCAUUGCGUUGCUCCAAAACGACAAGUCCGAGGACCUGUCCCGCAUGUAUCGUCUCUUCUCGCGGGUGCCCGAAGGGCUGGCUCCGAUCGCGGUGCUCGUGCGCCGUCACAUCGAGGCGGUAGGCAACCAGAUCGUGGACCUGCGCACCCAGGCCAUCGUAAGCGACAACAUCAAGGACCCGUCCGCCGACCCCGCGUUCAUCAAGGAGAUCCUAGCCCUCCACGACAAGUACGUGAAGGUGGUGCAGGACCAGUUUGGCGGCAACUCGCUGUUCCAGAAGGCGCUCAAGGAAGCUUUCGUCGAGUUUGUCAAUAAGGACGUGGGCAAAGACUGCUCGGCCAAGCUCAUGAGCACAUUUUGCGACCGCAUUCUGAAAAGCGGCGGCGAAAAGCUGAGCGACGUCCAAGUGGAGGAGUACCUGGAGAAGGUCGUGCACGUGUUCUCGUACCUGACGGACAAGGACUUGUUUGCCGAGAUUUACCGCAACCAACUGGCGAAACGACUGCUCAACCAGCGGUCGAGCUCGGACGAUGCUGAGAUUUGCAUGAUUUCCAAGCUCAAGCUGCGCUGCGGCGCCCAGUUUACGGGCAAGAUGGAGGGCAUGCUGAACGACUUGGCCAUCGGCGGCGACCACCAGGCCGAGUUUGACGUGUUCCAGAAGAGCCACAACCACGGUGCGAUCGAGUUUGGCGUCCAAGUUCUCACCACAGGCCACUGGCCGUCGUACCAGCCUCUGCAAGUCCACCUCCCCCCUCGCAUGGUCAAGUGCAUGUCGCUGUUCAAGACGUACUACGACUCGAAGACGAGCCACCGCCGCCUCCAGUGGGUCCACUCGCUCGGGAACGCCACUGUCCGCGCCACGUACGCCAAUAAAAAGUGGUACGACCUCCAAGUAACCACGUUGCAGGCCGUGGCGCUGGAGCUGUUCAACACGGACGCAUCGCUCACAUUUGACCAGCUGCAGGAAAGCCUGAAUGUGUCACCAGACGUAGUCAAGCGCAUUCUGCACUCGCUCUCGUGCGGCAAGUUCAAAGUGGUGAAAAAGACCCCCGAGAACAAGAGCAUCGCGACAACAGACACGUUCCAGGCCAACGCCGCGUUUGCGUCGCCCGUGCGCAAGCUGCGCAUCCCGAUGGCGUCUCUGGAAGAGAGCCACAACCCCAAACACGUAGAGGAAGACCGGAGCAUUGCGAUUGAAGCCGCGAUCGUACGCAUCAUGAAGGCACGCAAGACACUGAACCACCAGCAGUUGAUCUCGGAAGUGCUCAGCCAACUGUCGUUCUUCACCCCCAACCCCAAGCUCAUCAAGCGCCGCAUUGAAGCGCUCAUCGACCGAGAGUACUUGGAGCGCGACCCUGAUUCCACGACCACGUACCGAUACUUGGCGUAGUAACCUCGGGAUGGACAAUGAAUAAUAUACCAAGUAGUACUACGUGGUGAGGU